AUGCACGUAGGAUAUGGUGUUGAGUUCCUUGAUAAUGGCAGUUUACUCUCUGCCCAUCCGUAUUUAAUGGAAAAUGCCCUUCACGAUUUGGGUCAUGGUUAUCGUCAACCCCCAAAUGACUCAAAGGAAUAUGUAAAUCAAAUGCAUUUAUACCACUUAACACCUGUUCCACAUAAAAAUGAAAGGUAUUUCCACUGUACAGACAAAGAUGCACAGGAAAAUGUAGUUAAUACAUUGAAACAAGGAACAUGUUCAAAAAUGAGACCUUUGUGCACUUCAAUUUCCCGUAAGUUUGGACAUUUAACAUCACAGCUCGAUUCCAUUCAUAGUAGUUAUUUUGUAUUUAGUUUUUCUGGGAUAUCAGUGCACCUACUUUGCGUAUGCCUUAAUGUUCUUUCAGGCUACAGCAAAAUGGCAAAUUUAUUUGAAAUUAGUCGUUGA